AUGCACAGCGAUCGUGCACAGCAAGCACGGCUACAGAGUCGCACGUCGCCGUUGACGACUGCGUCACCUCCCGGGCGACCCAGAUCGUCGGCUGCUCAGCAUUCGAAAAGACCGUACUCAAGGGAUCAAUGGCGAACACGUCGAGCUAGCACCGGCGAUGUGGACCGCGAGACCGACGACGGUAAGGUGGGCGAGUUGGUUGAAGGCGCACCGGUGGCUGGGGACGGUUUGUGGACAGACAAGGGAAACGAGGCGGGGGAGAAAGAAGCUGGUGGUAGCAAGGUGUUGCCGAUCGAGGCAUUCGCAGACCAAGACGAGGGGUGUCCACCCAUGACAAAAACGGAGAGAAGGCGCUUGUGGCUGAAACGGAGGAGAUCGGGCGAGUUCUACUUCCGAUCCGAGUUCAAGGGCCUCGUGCAUGCGGUCAUGGAAUCGAGAGGAUGGAAGCCGUCCUGCCCACCCCGCGUGCCUGACGAAUGCCUCACGGUCCCGUAUGUGGACAGCUGGGAAGAAACAGUCGAUGGGUUCGACCCCUCGCGACCAGGCUUCGGUCAACCCGACGAACGCGAUCGGCUUGCCCUAUCCGCCGUUGUCGCUGCUCAAGCUGAGGACGGUGCAACAGGCCGCGAAGAUGAUCCUUGUAGCGAUAACAUGCGUGCCAGUGAGUCACCGCAACAACAGCAAGAGUACGAUGACGUCAUCGUGUCGUCGACGAGGGCGUGCAAGCCGUGGGACUUGCAUUGGAGCUACACGAAGUGGGCCGUGGAGACGAUGCGAUUCGCGAGGAAGCUCGCACCGUGGCAGAAGGUCAACCACUUCCGCAACAGCAACGAGCUCUGUCGAAAGGACCUAAUGCUGAAGAACCUCAAGAAGCGUAGGGCACAGCUGUAUGCACGGGGCGAGCUCGCCGAAGCCCAGGCGUACAACUUCUUCCCCGUCAGUUUCGAGAUGCCUAAGGACUACGCGCUGUUUGUGGAGGAGUUCAAGGAGAGCGGCGGUAUCUGGGUCAUGAAACCGUCGGGAGCGGCGGAGGGGAAAGGGAUAUUCCUCUUCACCAAGCUGUCGGACGUCAAGGCUUGGGCCAAGCCGCAUCUCAUUCGUCGCAUGAAGAGGCACGACCCCGCGAACCCCGGAUCGUUCGUGGUCCAGCGGUACAUCUCGAACCCCUACGUCAUCGGCGGCAAGAAGUUCGACCUCCGCCUUUACGUGCUGGUCACCAGUUUCCGCCCUCUCACGGUCUACAUCUACCGUGACGGGUUCGCUAAGUUCUCAAGCGCUCGCUUCAGUGCCGACCCGGCACACCUCGCGAACGAACUCAUGCACCUGACGAACCACGCCGUGCAGCGACGAGGUGCGGCCGCCGGCAAGAAAUGGGGUCUGAAGAAGUUCAAGUGGUACGUGGCGAUGCGGCACGGGCGUAAAGCCAUGGACAAGCUCUUCUGGGAAAUCCAAGCGUUGGUAGUAAGGACCAUUCGUUCCGUGGACCGCCUCAUCAUACACGACAAGCAGAGCUUCGAGCUCUUCGGAUACGACGUUCUCGUGGAUGAAACCCUCCGGCCCUGGCUGCUAGAGGUCAACGCCUCCCCGUCGCUGGGCGCGAGCAACAGGGAUGACCUCCGCCUUAAGAAGCAGAUGGUUGGAGACGUGCUGGACAUUGUCGACGUCGAGGGCAGGGUCCCCGCUGGUUCCCCCGUCCGCGAGCACGUCGGAGGAUUCGACCUCGCCUUCCACAAGGGCUACGUCGAAGUCCAGCCGCAGGCUUGUGGGUAUUCCAGCUUAUUCGGGGCCGUCGUGAGAAAUCGGGUGAAGCCGGCCCGACGAGCUAAACAAGACAAGGCAAGAAGACUGCAUUGUCGGGCAUGGUGUGGAUACGAUCCUGGAUCGCUUAGUUUGGACAUCGCGAAUCGACCGUUUGACAUAGGUAUUUGCAUUCUGAGCGUAAGCACGCAAAACUUGCCAGUCAGUUGUUUGCAGGUGCCCCUGCGCUGUGAUCUGAACAAGUUCACCCGACUACGCGCCCCUCCCAUGCCACAACAGGGGAAAUUUUCUUGUUUCCCGUUGCCCCGAGCGUCUAGGCCACAUCCCGGUCCCAACGAGAAAAUAGGCACCACCUCUGGUGCUCCGCCAAUCGUCAUGUACAAGACGUCGAACGAAACCAUGGGGUUGGAAACGUGGAGGCCAAACAUCUACAUCUUCCGCCCUCAAGACUAUUGGAAAGGCUCGGUGGACUACGUGCCUUGGAAGAAGGGUGAUGGUGUCUGUACUAGCGAUGGCGACGAGUGUCGAGCGCCCCCCAGGGGGGAGGGUCGGACCUCUUCCGGGAAAGACGGAGAUUGUUCCGGUAUUCAGUUUGGACUAAGGUAUAAAAAUACUGAUCCGAGAGCCCCGCUGUCAAGGUCUGCAAGGGCAGAUCGGUGCCAAAAUAUCAAGGGUGCGAGGGAAUCUGGGGUACACAUCACUCAAUCGUGUGUAGAUGAAUCGGGAGGGUAUCCCGCGGGGUCCUCUGGUGGAGGUGAAGUCGAGGUUGAACGAUGCGCUUCUGGCAGCAAUGCCUUUCGGAAGGACGCUGAGAUGGAGAUGGCGCUCCGCGGCGUGUUGGACGCACUACGAAGAGUCAGAGAGGAAAGGUUGAGGUAGUGACAUGAUUGGCGAUGGAGGAAAGGAAAUGAGUUGCGAAGAGUGUUGCCGGUGAGCCUGAAGCGAGCUGCCAACGAGUUGUCCCCCUUUAGGGUAUAAAGAGCUGCUCAUGUGGAUUGACGG